UUAAGAAAUCGAUUCUAAUGUGUCUUAAGAUAUUUCUUGUUUUAUUUUUAUCAUAUCCCUCCUUUGGUUCCUGAUAAGAGAAGCUGCUCUGAUAAUACUCGAUGUUAUUACAUUGCAUUAUAACAUCUCACGAGUUGGUAGCAGACAACUUGCAAUGUUUCGUUUAAUCUCUCGAAGUACUAGUCGCGUUUCUGAGUUACAGAUGGUAAGGUACUUGGUGACUGACCCGAAGUACGGGUUCUUAAAUGAAUUAGGUCUUACAACAGAGAAUCCCGGUCUUUACGAUGGGCGAUGGGGAGGAUCUGGCAAGGUUAUAGAAUCGAUUUCCCCGUCAACUGGCCAAGUAAUAGCAAAAGUUCGAACGUCAACUGCACAGGAAGCAAGUAAUGCUAUUACAGAAGCAAGAAAAGCAUGGCCACAGUGGGUAUCACUGCCACCACCUGGAAGGGGAGAAAUAAUACGGCAAAUUGGAGAAGAUCUUCGACAUAAUUUAAAACCCUUAGGACAGUUGGUGUCCCUAGAAAUGGGGAAAAUAUUGCCAGAAGGUAUCGGCGAGGUUCAAGAGUUUAUUGACAUAUGCGAUUAUGCCGUUGGGUUAUCUAGAACAUUAUCAGGCAAAGUCUUGCCGUCAGAAAGAAAACAUCAUACGCUUUUGGAAAAAUGGCAACCCGUCGGAGUUGUGGGAGUUAUUUCGGCGUUUAAUUUUCCCGUUGCGGUGUAUGGCUGGAACACUGCUAUAGCAUUGGUUUGUGGAAAUACAGUAGUUUGGAAAGGAGCACCCACUACUCCUUUAGUAUCUAUUGCGACUACUAAAAUUAUCGCGGGUGUAUUAGAACGAAACGGCAUACCAGGGUCUAUCGCGUCUUUGGUAACGGGUGGGUCAGAUGUUGGCGAAACUAUCGUAAAUGACAAACGUGUACCCGUGGUUUCAUUUACCGGAAGUACUAACGUCGGAAGAAAAGUGGGUAUGAAGGUUAUCGAACGUUUCGGAAAACCUAUAUUAGAAUUAGGAGGCAACAACGCGUUAAUAGUUGACGAAGAUGCAAAUAUGGAAAUGGCAGUCAGAGCAGCAGUGUUUUCUUGCGUGGGAACAGCAGGACAAAGGUGUACUAGUACUAGAAGAUUGAUUCUUCAUCGUAAAAUAAAAGACGAAUUUUUAGGAAAAAUAAAAAAAGCGUACGAGAGUAUUCUGGAGCGGAUAGGAGAUCCUUUAGAGAACAACACGUUGUAUGGACCAUUGCACAACCAAGACGCGGUAGAUGAAUAUAAGAAAACUGUAAAUAAUGCUCUGAAGAACGGCGGUAAAAUUGAAUUUGGCGGGAAGCAAAUAGACAGACCAGGUUUUUAUGUCGAACCAACAAUUAUUUCCGGUUUAUCGCCGGAUGCAGAGGUAGUUCAAAAAGAAACUUUCGCACCGAUUGUAUACGUUUUCGAAGUGAAUUCUGUAGACGACGCAAUUGCUCUUAAUAAUGGCGUAGAACAAGGACUAAGUAGUUCUCUGUUUACUAGACGUAUGGAACAUAUAUUUCAAUGGACGGGUCCCCAUGGUUCUGAUUGUGGAAUAGUAAACGUUAAUAUUGGAACUAGCGGUGCAGAAAUAGGGGGUGCAUUUGGGGGAGAGAAAGCUACGGGUGGUGGUCGCGAGAGUGGAAGCGACGCAUGGAAACAAUAUAUGCGACGUCUAACUGUCACUAUUAAUUAUGGAAACGAAUUGCCAUUGGCUCAAGGCAUCAAGUUUGAAUAG